AGCGGCGCCCACGACCCUCCCCGCACGAGUCGAAGCCGUCGGGCCGGGGCGCCGCCACUGCGGCCGCGGGCGUCGGCGGCGAUGGUGUCAGCCGCGGCCUCUGCCGGCCGCUUAGGCUCCGCGUUGCCCUUCCUGCUGGUGCUCCUCGAUCUGCAGUACCAGGGGGCUGAGUGUGGAAUAAAUGCCGAAGUAGAAAAACAGCUUGAAAUGGGGAAGAAGUUAUUGGCUGCUGGACAACUAGCAGAUGCCCUGUCUCAUUUUCAUGCAGCUAUAGAGGGAGACUCUGAUAACUACAUUGCUUAUUACAGAAGAGCCACAGUGUACUUAGCCAUGGGCAAAUCUAAAGCAGCAAUUCGUGACUUAAGUAAAGUGGUUGAAUUAAAGCAGGACUUCACAUCCGCAAGAUUACAGAGGGGCCAUCUACUCCUCAAGCAAGGAAAAUUUGAUGAAGCAGAAGAUGACUUUAAAAAUGUGCUCAAAUCCAAUCCCAGCAAUAAUGAGGAGAAAGAAGCCCAAACUCAGCUGACAAAAUCUGAUGAGCUUCAGCGCCUGUAUUCACAAGCAUUGUCUGCAUACCGGCAAGAGGAUUAUGAAGCUGCAAUUCCUCUUCUUGAUGAAAUCUUGGCAGUUUGUGUUUGGGAUGCAGAGCUACGGGAACUUCGAGCUGAGUGUUAUAUAAAGGAAGGGGAGCCAAGCAAAGCAAUUAGUGACUUGAAAGCUGCUGCCAAAUUAAAGAGUGAUAACACCGAAGCCUUCUAUAAAAUCAGCAGAAUAUAUUAUCAGCUGGGGGACCAUGAAUUAUCGCUCAGUGAAGUCCGGGAGUGUCUGAAGCUUGACCAAGACCAUAAGCAGUGUUUCUCUCUUUAUAAACAAGUAAAGAAACUCAAUAAGCAGAUUGAGUCAGCGGAGGAAUUCAUCAGAGAAGGCAGAUAUGAAGAUGCUAUCAGUAAAUAUGACUCUGUAAUGAAAACUGAGCCAGAUGUCCCAGUUUACGCUACUCGUGCCAAAGAAAGGAUCUGUCACUGUUUGUCAAAGAAUCAGCAGGCUACAGAAGCCAUAACAGUUUGUACACAAGUUCUGCAGCUGGAACCAACCAAUGUGAAUGCCCUGAAGGACAGAGCAGAAGCUUAUUUGCUGGAAGACCUUUAUGAAGAAGCUAUUAAAGACUACGAAACGGCUCAAGCCAAUAGUGAAAAUGACCAACAGAUUCGAGAGGGGCUGGAAAGAGCCCAGAGGAUGUUGAAGCAGUCACAGAAGAGAGAUUACUAUAAAAUUUUAGGAGUAAAAAGAAAUGCUAGAAAGCAAGAAAUCAUAAAAGCUUACAGAAAGCUGGCGUCCCAGUGGCACCCUGACAACUUUCAGAGCGAGGAAGAAAAGAAGAAAGCAGAGAAAAAAUUCAUUGAUAUAGCAGCUGCUAAGGAAGUCCUUACUGACCCAGAAAUGAGGCGGAAAUUUGACGCAGGAGAGGACCCCCUGGAUGCAGAGAGUCAGCAGGGUGGGGGCAACCCCUUCCACAGGAACUGGAACACGUGGCAAGGAUUCAACCCCUUUGGUUCUGGAGGAGGACCAUUUACAUUCAAAUUUCACUUCAGUUAGAGCCAGGACUGUUUCAGGUGGCUGCUGCUGUUUUUUACUUAAUUUGUUCAAAAGAAUAAAAACUCUCUCAGUUCAAGACCCAAAAUCUUAAUUUCUAACGUUGUCCUUAACCCAGAGUCUUACUGCACUAGAAGAAAGCUACUUCUUUCUUUUAGUAUUUAAAGCAAAUUUGUGGUGAGCUUGAGAAGCUUAUAUUGGUUGGGGGGAGGUUGAAUGAAUAAGGGUUUUGUUACUGCCUAUAUAUUUGUUGUGGAUAUGCGGGAGAUGUUUUUUCCAUCCAUAGGAAUAAACAGUAAGAGGCUAUUUAGGACAACACUUAAAUGCAGCUUUAGGACUCAAGUAUAUGCUUACAGGUAAAAAUGCAUGUAAAUAUUUCUUUGAAUUGGGGCCUAAUAGAUGUGGAAAGGGUAGUUACAAUAGUCUCUACGUUAACAAAUUGUCAUUGUGCUCAGCAGAACGAUCCAUUUCUCAGUAUUCUUCAAAGGAAGCCGUCAUGACCACCCGUUGUAUUACUGUGGGCAGUGCCAUAGGGAGGGGAAGAGGCUGCAUACUGACUGAGCCCCAGCAAUCUCUUACAAAUAGGAUCACUUGCAAGUGAUGAUAUUGAAAAUGCCUGCUGACCUUAUUUAAAAAAAAAAAUCUGUUUUAUUUUUUUUCAAGGAGACUGUUGCUGUGAUUCCAAAUGUUUAAGCAUCACUUUUGAGGAGUUUGCACUUCAGCAGAGUAUUUGGUUGAGAUCUGGGCAAAGCAGCACAAUGUGACAUUCCCCCCCUGUGCAGCAGUCUGUUUCUUCUCUGUCCGUAAACUCUGAACCAGUGCAGGUUGUGAGGUGACUGUGAGUGAACUGCAGGAAUAAAGUGUGAGCUGUCGCCUUCCCCAUGUGGUACAACUUCCUUUCUGUCAGGUGGUGCCACGGUGAAUUAAUGGUGAAGUAGUUUGGAAGCCAUUUUAUGUUUUGUGUAACAGCCACCGUGCUGCAAAAACAGCUGCCCGUGUACCUGGUCUGAGUUUGCAUUGGCCAGAAGUCUCGGGUAGUUCUCUCUACGUGGGCAAAACUGAAGCAGUGCGAUGAUGGAACUGUGUGAGGUGGGAACUGUGUGAGGUAGGGCUGCAGCUGCUGCAGGUGAGGUGGUCUUCUCAUUCAUGUGUUGAAAUUACUGAUGAGUUUCACCAGCAGUUGCGUUCUUAGAAUGCAAAACAUUACAAUUCUUUAAUUGACUGACUGGAACUUUAACUGGAAAGCUAUAAUCAGUCAAUAGGGAUCUUCUCUCACUUCAGUUUGUGGCGUUUAAGAGCAUGAGCAACCUCAGUCAAACAAAGCAAAUGAAAUCUAUCUGAAAGUGUAUGCAUAUAUAUUUUUAAUUACUGUAGGUGCGGUUGCUUUUGAAGCACAGCCCUUUUCUGCUGCCUCAGGUACUUCACAGACCAAACGGUGGCUUUGGAAAGUGUUCUUUUUUCAACAGCAAUUUAAAGGCCGGCGUUUGGUCAGCAGAAAUUUAUCUUCAGGCUGAUGAAGAGUGCGUGUGGGGGUUUCCAGUAGUUGGUGGCACAAAAGCACUGCGGCAUCCUAUUAAAGUUCAGCAUCAGAUAUCUUCAAGUUGAAUGACUUAGAAGUUUGGCUUCUGCUUUUCACACUUCUGAAGCGUUUCUGUUUAAACUCAGUAGAGGAUGAUCAGGAUGCUGCUUGCGCCUUUGUGAGAUCACUGGGGCUCUUGUUGGACCAUGGGCCCAGGCAUAGGAGCUCACUGCACAGCCCAUGCCCAGAUACUGUGGUGCUGGCUGGUCCAGGCAGCUCUCCUACACGUGUUUUUGCUCACCAUGAGCAAAAGUUGAGUCCCAUUCUGAGCCACAGCCCCUGGUUGUGGUGCAGCAGAGCCAAGGGCCCAUGGCAUGCAGCUGUGUGGUGGUGUGCUGGCCGCUGCCUGGUGUCAGCAGUUCUACAGCAAGCAAGGUGGUACAGGAGGGGCUGGAUUAAAUACUCCUUAAUGAGCAGUGUAAUCGUUUGGUUGAUUUUGUAGUUAAAGCUGUGUUCAGCUGCAGGAGGUCACAGUAAAUACCACAGCUGGUCAGUCUGUGCUGGAGGAGUGCUACAAAUAGGACAUGUGGAAGGACUGCCCUCGUGCAGCUUUUUGUUCUUACCAUUCUUCCUCCUCUGUUUUAAAAGCUAUGGCUGAGAGAUUAAUUUUUUUUCUUUUUGGAUAGGAAUAAGCUGGUCCCUCGUAGGUAAACUGUUCAUAUAAGGAGUUGGUAUCAGUGCUGUGCAUAUUCCUUUCUCUAAUGCAGCAGAUGCUUCUGUAGUGUGGAAGCAGUCAGGAACAGAAAGGACUAUGUUUAAUUUGAUAUUUAAGUGGGGAAAACUGCCUAUUUUUUAGGGGGAAUGCUUGAAUCCAGUCAGUGGGAGACGAUUAAUGCUUGAAUGCUGUUCAUAGAUAUCUCUUGUCUUGAAAGAUGAAGAAGAAAAAAAGAUGACGAUGGAGAAUGAGGCUUUUCUGGUACCAAGCAGCUGCUGUUCACGCACACGUUAGCACCAGCGCUGCUAAGAGAGCAGAUGCUGGCUGUGAGCUCUGAGGUACUUCUGACAGCACAAAAAGACAACGCAGUGCCUAAAGAGAAAGGAGAAGCUGUUAGGAAUCAAGGAUUUUCAGAUGCAGCCAUGCAUUUCCUGACGUGACUUCAGCAAACGAGUGGUGGUACCACACUGAGCGCUGACAGCGCACGCCAUGUACGAGGAAGCCAAAUUCACCUUUUUAUUUAUAAUGGGUGUCUGUAGUGCAAUAAUGUUCAGUAACUGAACAUUGAAAUCAGCCUCGGUAGUUUGUGAAGCCUGAGAUGGCGCAUGAAGCAUCAUUACAGCAAUGGGCCUCUGUGGAGAUGCACACUUUCUAUGUUGAGUUGUCUUGCAGUUUGUCUCAACCACUUCCCAACUUGUUUUAUAAUGAAGGAGGGGAGCUGUGGCUUAUCUUGCUUUGAGGUAUGCUUAGUACUGAUGCGCUGUAAAUCAGUAUUAAACAGGAUGCAGAGUGAAUUAUAAACCUAAGAGCUUGGACUUGUGACAGAAAACCUGUUAGCUUAAAAAAAAAUACAUAAUAAAAGCAAAAGCUUGUUAUCAUUUCGGCCUCCAGAGCGGUGCUUGGAAUAAGAAUCACUCUUCUGUUUUGGGCUGUGAUUUGUAGGAGCUUUGCUGGGCAUCAGCCAGUAUAGCGGAGCAGGUUGGUUGUAUUUAAAAGUGCCUUACUGUAAGGUAUGGUUUGUUUGCUCUGUAAUACACACACUUGUCCAUAAAAGAAGAAGUACGGGAGAAUCUUCUCUUUGCCCACUGCAGAUUUUGAAGUAGCGGUUUUGUUUUAAGAAGGAUAAGUAAUGGUAGCCGGAGAUCUAUCAAAUGUCUCAAAUGAUGUCUUUAUAAAUCUAAAAAGCAAGAACUGUUUUUUUUCUAGAACGGUGGGAAUUAUUUUAUGGUAUUUUUCACAAUAAAGAUAUUUAUGAUGACAAGAAA